UGCUUACCGCACAACAAUGACGGCAACAACAACAAAGGCGAUGGAUUAAAUUGUGGACGGCACGAUCUGUCACGCUCUCGUUUACGAGCGACGUAAUCUGUUUGCGUAGUGACUGGCGGAGAGCCAAACGUGCCACUAUUUUCCAUUCAUUCAACACGCGAAAGAGCGAGACUUUCCUUCCGCUCCCCCUGUUACAUAAAGUCCUUGGGAGAAUGCUUCCUCUCGCGCCAUCUCUUUCUCGUUCACUUAAGGUGAGAGUCAGGAGCGGAUUAUGGUCAAAAUAGCGGGGAUAAUAGGCCUCCCUAAGAUGGUCAGAAAUAUUCUUUUUUUUUUUGGUGAAUUUAACCACCAUUCAAAAACCCGCAAAAGCAGAAAUUUUCCUAACAAAAAUUGAUGCGCCCCCGGUUGUCCCACCAACAAUUGCCUUGGAGCCCACAUUUGAAAUGUGGUUGCUUCAUCCCGCUCACUCGGCUGAGGGUCAAGUUCAGCGCGAAGAAAAUGCCUAAUAAUUGUGCAUCCCGAAUGCCAUGUUCGAAUUUAGAAAUUGCACUCAUCUCGCAGCUAGUUUCGUUGCAGCGUUCGACGCAAGCAAUAGCUAGAUACAUCUAUCGAGAUCGGGACGGCCCUACAUCACAGCAAGGUCUAGAUUGCAAUGGCGGGACCACUGCUGUGGCAAAACUUCAAGGUGUUCGUUACUCGCUACCCGAUAAUGCGCGGCAUGAUAUCAUACAGCCUGAUCUGGCCCACGGGAAGUCUCAUUCAGCAGACGGUGGAAGGCAGGCGCUGGGGAACCUACGACUGGUGGCGCGUGAUUCGGUUUAGUAUGUACGGGGGACUUUUCGUGGCCCCCACACUUUACGGAUGGGUCAAGAUUUCUAGUGCCAUGUGGCCACAGACGUCGCUCCGGACAGGUGUCAUUAAGGCUGCGGUGGAGACAAUCUCUUACACCCCCGGCGCCAUGACUUGCUUCUACUUCAUUAUGAGCCUACUGGAGUCUAAAACGGUGGAGGAGGCGGUGGCCGAAGUCGGCAAGAAGUUUUUGCCUACCUACAAGGUGGCGCUCUCUGUUUGGCCUCUUGUGGCCACCAUUAACUUCACUGUGAUCCCCGAGCGCAACCGGGUACCUUUCAUCAGCGCGUGCAGUCUGUGCUGGACCUGCUUUUUGGCCUACAUGAAACAUCUGGAGCACCACGAGGUGGAUGGAGCAAUUUAGUAUUUCUUGCAUAUAGUGUAGUUAAAAUAAAUUUAAGAGUUUCCUUUAAAGAAACCUCACGUGUGACCAUACUAACCAGGAUGGGUAAAGGUCGCAUUGAAACAAGUGAUAAAUAACAAAACAUUCUUUUGUUAAAACCGUA